AUGGAGAAGGAGCAAUCCUCAGGACCACCGUUUCUGAUGACGUCACUUCCCGAAGACAUCAUCAUUGACAUCUUAGCGCGAGUACCGAGAUACAACUAUCCAACUCUUUCCCUCGUCUCAAAGCAUUUUCGAUCACUGUUAGCUGUAGGCUCGACGAUAUAUGCGUUUUGUGGGAUUGACAAUGACAAGACGACAACGAGUGCGUUUGCCAUCGAUUGUAUAUCUCACACGGCGCAACCUCUCACCAGCAUACCUGCGCCCAUGUGUAAUACAAUCGCUGACAUCAUCGAUGGAAAGAUAUACGUAAUUGGAAACAACUAUUUUGAUGACCGCUGGAAGAAGGUGAUGGUGGUGUUCAAUAUAGAAACACAAAAGUGGGAGAAACCUGUGAUUAUAAAGGCAGGCAUUGAUUAUAAUUAUGGCUGUGUGGUGAUGGCUGAUACGCUGUACAGGAGGGAUGAUGAUAACAGCUUUGUUUACGCUCUAAAGGAAAAUAAAUGGGAAACAGACGAGAUGCUGAAUUUAAAGGAGUGGGAGAAUGCGUGUGUCGUUGAUGAUCUUAAGAGCGUAUGA